CCUGCUCCUGUUUGUUCUGCAAUUGCCCCUUUCAGUCAUGGGUGAACGGUGUAUGGCAUGCGUCAUAGGAUUCAUUGAACAACGCGGGCAUGGGAGACAUCUGACGGUUUACGGGUUUCAGACUAUACACAAAUUUUGUCGUAUCACGUCGCCGCUUCUACGUAUCAAAUUGUGGAUGAGGCGCGCGUCCACGUAUUUGGCGUAUUUGGCGACGGAGGAUAUCCGACGUUCUUUGGAGCAUGUGACAGUUCUUGCGGACCUCGACUUGGUCAUGUUCGAGGGAGGCCCGUCCAUGCGAGAUUGGCUGUUCAACGCGGUGACGUCUGAUUCCUGGUUUCCCCGUGGGACCUGAAGGCAUCCAGCAUUGUUGCAACUGCCUACGAGCGCACGUUGCUUACACAACGGCAGUGUCGCAGGGAGGGGAAGCAGGCUAUUGCCCGCAUAGCUCGGUGUAUGCGGGACGUGGUCGUGAUGGCAGCCAUUUCAGACGCAGGCGGACAUAGUAACCAAGACGCCUUCAAAUUAGCGCUCUCCGAAGCCUUCGGCCGUCGGCUGGACAAAGACAUGGGGGCGCAGUUGGAACACAGCUACCACCAGCUUUUGCACGGCAUCCCAGGCGCAUUCGUGUCUGGGUGCAAGCGCGGUCGACUGCGGCCCGCUCGUGUCCGUCAGCCUGCAGAUGAGUCCACGAGUGAAGCCGAGGUCCACGAAUGCGACCUGCACCAGCCCAGGGCAGAUGUGGCAGAGGCCGUUCAGCACGCGGAAAGCACGGACGGCGCUUUGCCGCCCGCGCCUGAUCCGAGGCGGGAGUCGGAAGUUCGCGGGGUGCCAGACCUCAGGCGCAUGCUGGAGGUGGAGUCAGCUCGGCUGUGGAAUGCGGUGGAGCGGGCGCGGGCAGAGAAUGGUAGUCUGGGUAUGGAGGUACGCGAUGCCCGGGGGUCGCUGGAACAUCUGCAGGCGGAGCGCGUGCACCUUGUGGCCCUGUCAGAACGGGAGGGCGAGCCGCAGCUUGACAGCUUCCGUACCUCGUUUGACUUCCAUGAUCCCAUGCGCGUCUGGCGGCACGAGGC